AUCGUCAAAAUUUUUGCAUGGUACAACCGUCCAAGUCAUAUAGAGAUUAGGCGGCCCGGCCGGGAGGCGGUACGUAGCUUAAUUCCACCAGAUUGUCAUUCUCAUUUGUGGUUUUGAUCUGGUCUCUCGGUCUCUCCUUUGAUUGCACGUCAGGUGCAUACACUUAAUUUUCAACACAUUCAGCAACUUCCCCGGAUACGAAACAGGAGCAAGAAUUGUCAAACCUUUGAAUUCUUUUGGUUCCUAAUUAUUUAUGCGCGUUAUUAAUUCAUAAUAGUCCAUGGAUAUUGAUUAGUCAAUAGCAAGAUUAAAAUUCUUUUUUUCUGCUAUAAGCCUAGAAAUAGAGAGAGAUGGAAACAAUUUUCAGAGAAAUUAAAAAAGACACCAAAGAUCGAAGAUGUACGUGACAAGGCCGCUCUCCUUGUACAGAAAAUCCCCGUCAACAUUAGCAUCACCUCCUCCAGAGGGUCCAAACUCCGGUAUUCUGGUCAUUCAGGAUGAAGAAGCUGAAGAAACCUGUUGUUUUGGCACCUGCAACAGUAAUCAAGUAACUUCCCUGCCUUUCCCUCAAAACAAGAAGCUUGUGGUUCGGUAUUCCUCUGGCAGUGGAGAGAACAAUCAUGUUAGUCGCCAUGAUGUAGUCUUCAUUCCUGUUCUUGAUCAGCCGUUGUCCUCAAACCGAUACUAUGCGAUCAAACCUCGCGGAAGGCAUAAAGGGGAAGCUUUCACUAGCUCAACCAAAGAAGAUGGUGUCACCUGUUGCUAUUGCUUCUUUGUUUGCGAUCAAAUGGGAAUGAGAACUUUUGUGCUCCUAUAUUUCUUAAAGUAAAUUUGUAUUUGUACAACUACUGAUGUUUUUGAAUUUUCUCAGACUGUAUGCUUUGCUUUAUUAGUUAUUUCCUUUUGUUACGCUAUAUUUUGUAUAAAUAGUCAAUAUUUUGUAUAAAUAUAAUAUGUAAAUUUUA